AUGUCCACGCUGCUAAAGGAUAACAAAGAACUGUCGAGUACCAUCACAGAAUCGAAAGCUAUCUACACCUAUUCAUACCAUGUUGAAGAUAAAUCAGACGACGCGAGAAGCGAUUGUAUGUCCCAAUCGACAUAUGCAAAAGGCGGUAACGAGUCAGAGGAAAAAUGCCUCUCAGCAGAUGAUGGUGGUUAUGGCUGGCUUGUUGUAUUUGGAGCAUUCAUGGGCGUGUUUACGAUCUACGGGGUGACCAAUAUCUGCUUUGUGGGUGGCGUCUUCACACCAAUUUCGAAUUUGCUCGAAUCUGUACUUGGAGCACGGCGAACUCUUCUGAUUGCCACCAUUCUUAUUUCUGGCGGGUGUCUUGCCGCUGGUUCGGCUACAGAAGUAUGGCAGCUGUACCUAGCUUUAAGUAUCUGCUUUGGUAUGGGAUUUUCGAUCAUGAUCAUGGUAACCUCCAAAACUGUCCCCCUGUGGUUUAAUCGACGUAAAGGCACGGCAAUGGGUAUCGUUGCAAGUAGCGGUGGAUUAGGCGGCUUAAUACUACCAUUUGGGAUUACAUCACUCAACAGCUCGUUGGGCGCGUCAUGGUAUGGCACGAAAGGCAAUAUUGAAUUCGUCAAAGAAAAGACUCUACCGACAAAGCGCGCUAUCAUAAAUCCUUGUGAUGUUCUCAGACUCAGUCUGUUGCGAGAUACCAAUUUUAUCAUAUGGAGCCUGGCUGCUUCUUUACAAGUUUCUUACAUGAACAUGCUGUUCUACUUUCUGCCUUCAUAUGCAACACAUAUCGGCUUGGAUACAAUGAAGGGCUCGGCGUUAAUAUCAGUCACAUCAGCAACAACAUUCGUGGGGCGCCUGUUUGUAGGUGCACUUGCUGAUUACGCCGGAAACUUAAACAUGUGUAUUCUAUUCAACGUCGUCACCAGUUUGGCGUCUUUCUUUAUUUGGACCUUUGCAUACAAUUUUGUUGGGUUGUUGAUGUUUGCCAUCACAUAUGGUUUUUUCGGCGGGUGCUACCUGGCAUUAGUGGCACCUAUUGUACGUACAGUUCUCGGUCCUGAAAGAUUUGCAUCAGGUUUCGCACUAAUGUCGUUCAUAGUGGCUCCUGCAUAUGCGGGGCCAAGCAUAGCCAGUGCUUUGGAAAACGUCAUCCCUAUCGAGCCAUUCUUGGUCUUCAAGCUAUAUACAGGCAUCACCGCAUUUGCCUCCGCCGUCGCUGUGCUGAUACUGAAGCUUCGAAUUAAACGCCAACUAUGGGCCAAAAUUUAG